AUACAACAGACCUCAACAGUAGUUCCUAGGCACCUAGGGGUCUUUCGAGACGCGAGGCAUCUGGAACGUGGGUUUGAGACCUGUCUCUUUUUACCUGGCUGACUCUGUGUAGCAUACGAUAUGUUACCAAGCACACUCAGGACAUUAUGUGGCAGGGUAAAGAGUAGAUCACUUGGACCAGCUGAAUCGCAAUUGGUGCUGUCGUCGGUUCGGGCUUUCCGAGCCGACUCGCCAGACGCUGAAGCUUGCGGAGAGGGGGAUGGCGUCGACAAAGUCGGAAGCAGCUCUGCAAUCAGUGAUUCGCCAAAGAGGUCAAGCGGGGAGCAGUCUUCUGACAUCGACAGGAGCAGACUUGCAUCGAAUCCGCCUAUCAGGGCAUCGCAGCAGCCCCCAAAUGAGGGUGAACGGCGGAAAGUCUUGACACCUAGUCACGAUGAGUUCACAGGCAAUGUUGCCACGCUGCUCGUACGGUGGCCUCACCUGCCUACGCAGCCUUCAAAGCAGCCCCGCAGCUGGCGUGAGGUGGUAGACAACGACCGUUUCAUGUCGCUCUUCCCCCGUCGACCUACGGCCCUAACGCAGCACGCCAUCAGAAACCUUCAGGCAACCCUAGCGGCGACGGCGGAGGGGCUCAACGAGGCUGGGGGCAGCGGCAGUGCAGCUGCGGGAGGCCCGGGUCCGCAGCAGGACCCCGCGGCUCAUGCGGUGGUUUCGGAGCUCCUGGAACGGUUGAUGGCGGUGCAGCAGCGCCUGCAGGACUCCAUGUCAGAAGACGACGACGGCAGCGGCGAAAGCACGAUUCUGGCGGUAGCAGCGAUCGCGGAGGAAGACGACGAAGACGACCUAAGCAACGGCCAUGAUGCCUCCAGCAGCGGCCGCUCUUGGAGCCAGCAGGCGAGCUACGAUGAUGAGGAUGCCGAGAUGCGAAGAGGCGCACAUGCGCAGGGCUUCGCUGCCUCAGCAUCAGGACUCCACAGCAGCAGCAGCAGCGGCCAGGAGACGGCAACAGGUGCUCAGCCGGACGGCGGUUCGGAAGGGGCAUCUGGGUCGCGCAGGCUAGGGCGGCGGCUCCGGUGGAAUCCCUGUCCGAGACGAGGACCCAUUCGAACGCCCGCGCCGCCGUGGGACGAUUGCCAGCCGUUUCAGACGCAUGUGGGCACGGUGUAUCACUUUUGGCGGCUAUGUCCGUACGGGUGAGCUCCGUACGACGGCUCAAUUUGGGACCUAAGCUUCAGUUUGUAAGGGGUUCGGCAGUGACUGAACGGCUGAAGCAGGCUGGAGGCUGAAGCAUGCUGUGCUCAGGUGGACGUCGUGCAGGACAACGGAUUUGCACGUAUACCAGCGAUUAAGCAAGGAAGUCGGAUUGCUUACAUAAGUCCAAGUUGCUUACAUAAGAAUAGAACGGUCAACCGUCGCCUAUAUGAUGUACCCGGUACAUUGCGUCGGUGUGAAUAUCUACAGCCAUCUAUCUGUCACAAUAUGAGACAGGAGUUCCACCGAAGUUAUCCUAGCACACGCUUGGGUGCCAGUUCGUAUGCGUUACACUGGUCCCAUAAAUCCUC